CUGACUCAGAGGAGCUGUGGAGUCGUUGCUCGGUCUCCACCGGUUGAAUGAUGAGCUAACCGGUCAGCUGCUGGCUUAAGAAACACGGAACUGUGUGGAUUAGGUUUUGAAUGAUACUCUUAAAGUGUUUUUCCCUGCUGUGUCUGUAGUUAGACUCCUGUAGAUGUAGUGUAAUGACUGUCUUCACCCAGCAGCUGUUGGUGUGACAGGUCAUAUAGUGUGUUGGAUGAUUGAUCAAUAACUGAUGGGUGAGACAGCCUCUUUUCUUGUUUUGCAUCAUCUCAACACGUCCAUGUUAUCCAUUACAACAGGCUCAUGUCUGCUGUGUCAGGGAUGAUUGUGGAGCACACGGCAUGGAAAGGAACAUCGGAGACCAGCUCAAUAAAGCUUUUGAAGCUUAUCGCCAGGUCUCCAUUGAAAAGGACAAUGCUAAAAAGGAACUGCAACAAAUGAGUGAAUAUUAUGAGCGAUACACGCAAAAGCUUCAAAAGCAGAUAGAUGACCAGCAGCAGUUGAUUUCAAAACUUGAAGCUAAGUUAUCAGCAACAAGGCCACCACCAGGAGAGAUGAAAUGUGAGCCUUUGAACCAUCUCCUCGAUGAGCCCAGCGCUUAUAUGAAAAUACAGUACCCGGAGAAUAUGGGCACUGUUGCUGUUGCUCCUAAUAUGCCACUCAAGAGCAGUGUUGACUAUCAGGACAUGCUGGAAGCAUUCGAUCUAAUUCAAGGGAAAUUCCGGCAGAUUCGCUCUCUCACCAGAAGACAAAAAGAUCACCUCAAAAGAUUCCACAGUGGAAAUGAUGCAUCGCACGAUCAGCGGUUCUCCAUGCCCAUCCAGUGCACAGACCGUACAGCGGAGGCAGAGAGACCCUCUUCCUCAGCGCUAAGGUCAGCAGUGGAUAUCCCACUCCCGCCUACGUCUCUGGCGUCCCGCGGCGCCAGCCCCGAGGACAGGGACUUAGUAGACUCUCUCACCAAACUCAGUGUCAAAUUCCCGCCCUCUGCGGACAGUGAAUAUGACUUCCUGAACAGUGCUCCGGAGAGACACGUUGGUCUGACCAUGCCCACGAAGCGGCCCCUCAGUAGUGUCCCUUCCACACUGACAGAAGAGGAGCCCGUGGAACUGCCCAUGCCUUUUGUCUACCCUCUAUCCCCCUCCCACUCGACAUCAUCUUCGCUCUCCCAUGAGAGCGUGCGGGGACCCCAGCAGCCUCUCUGGAGCCCUGAGCUGUGCGAUGCGGUUGACGUGGGGACAGAGCUGGCGACGCCUCAGAGCAGCAGUCCUGACAAAUGUGCUUUCUGCUACGCUGUGGUUCCUCAGGACCGAAUGAACAGCCACCUCUACUCACAUUUCUCUCCUAAGAACGAAGCCGACGAUUGACAGUGGAGGCAGAGACUGACGGGCCCGAGGCCACAACUACUCCCAAGACUUACUGUAUUCAUGGCCUAGUCCUGCCUGCCAUGAAGAACAUGCGCUGUACUGGAUUUGAAAUGACACUGCAAUAAGACUUGAAUCCAUUUAUUUAAUAUUGAAGAAUUGAAUGGUACACUUUCUUGCCCAUUAUAUUUUUCUAAUAUCACGCUGAGAUUUUACUCUAGUACUAAGUGACGAUGAUGCAUAAUAUGGUAUAUAUGAGCAAAUAAAGCAUUUACUCUUUACAUUUUU